AGAAUAAAUUGUGCCAUAUAAAGUAAUUAAUGUACUCAAGGUACAAAGAUGGCACUCCCACAGCAGACCAUGUUAAUAAUUUCCUUGGCAUCAUCAAGGAGUUAGCCAAUCUCGGCAUAGAAUUUGAUGAUGAGGUGAAUGGUCUGAUUCUUCUCAAUACCUUGCCGGAAUCAUGGGAGAGUUUUAGAUCAACGACAAUCAACUCAUCUCCUGGUGGUCAAGUCACACUCGAAAUUGCCAAAAACAGGAUCUUUGAAAAGGAAAAGAGGAUGCGGGCACUAGAAGUCUUCUCGCAACCAGAUACUCAAGCUCUUGUCAUGGAGAAUAGAGGCAGGAGUAAAACCAGAGAACCCAGAGGACGAGGAGGCAGAUCCAGAUCAAAGUCCAAAAGUGGAGUGAAAUGCUAUCAUUGUGGCCAGCUAGGCCACAUGAAAAGGAAUUGCUACUUGUUGAAAGGAAAAGACAAGAAAAAGGCUAAAGAUGGCACUACAACCGCUGUAGCAUCUACCAGUGGCGGUGACGUGACUCUACUAUGUGAUCGUGGGGAAUGCUGCCAUGUAGAAAACUCAGAUGCUGAGUGGAUAAUUGAUUCUGGUGCCUCUUAUCAUUGUACAAAUGUUGGAUGUACAUUAACACUGAAAAAUGUGCGACAUGUUCCCGAUAUGCGUAUGAAUCUGUUGUCUGCAAAAGCACUGGAUGAAGAAGGAUACGCACACUACUUCAGGAAUGGCAACUGGAAACUCACCAAAGGAUCAAUGGUGGUGGCAAAAGGGAGAGCAUGUUGCUCAUUAUACAAGACACACAUGAAAAUGUGUGGAGGUCAACUGAACACAGUUGAAGAUGAGGCUUCUCCAAAUUUAUGGCAUAAAAGAUUGGCUCACAUGAGUGAGAAAGGAUUGCAACUUUUGGCUAAGCAGUCCCUUGUUCCCAUUGCCAAAGGUGGACAUGUGAAUCCUUGUGAUGUUUGCCGAUUUGGAAAGCAACACCGAGUUUCUUUUCAAAAGAAUUUGACUUGGAAGGAGAACAAGCUAGACUUGGUCUACUCUGACGUUUGUGGUCCCCUAGAGGUAGAGUCGUUUGGUGGCAAUAAAUAUUUUGUUACCUUUAUUGAUGAUGCAACUCGGAAGACUUGGGUAUACUUGUUGCAGAAUAAAAGCCAAGUUUUCAAGUAUUUCCAGCAUUACCAUGCUAUGGUGGAAAGGGAGACAGGGUUGAAGUUGAAAUGUCUUCGUACAGAUAAUGGAGGGGAGUACACCUCCAAAGAAUUUAGAGACUACUGUUUGAAGCAUGGCAUAAGGCAUGAAAAGACGGUUCCUGGCACUCCACAACACAACGGUGUUGCAGAACGGAUGAACCAUACCAUUGUGGAGAAAGUUCGAUGCAUGCUAAGAAUGGCAGCUCUACCUAAGCCAUUCUGGGGUGAAGCAGUCAACACAUUAGUUUAUUUGAUCAAUCGGUCACCUUCAGUUCCUUUGAAUUUUGAAAUCCCGGAGAAAGCUUGGACGGGAAAGGAUGUUGGAUACUCUCACUUGAGAGUGUUCGAGUGCAAAGCAUUUAUGCACGUACCAAAGGAACAGAGAUCAAAGCUAGAUGAUAAAGCCAUUCCAUGCAUUUUUGUUGGAUAUGAAAAAGCUACAAGAAGCUCUGGAAAGGGUGUAGAAGAUCUAACACCGGCAAAAACUCCUUCAAGAAAAAUUACAAAUGAAGAAGAGGUGCAAGCACCAGAAGAUGAGACAGAGGAGCCAACAAUUGAAGAAGAAGAAGCAAGUGUAGAUGGGGGAAAUAAUGAGCAGGGGGAGCAACCCCUGCCACAGGAGGAAGAACCUCAGUUGAGAAGGUCCACCAGAGAGCACAAACCAUCUGCAAGAUACUCCAGUUCUGAUUAUAUCUUGAUCACUGAAGAGGGGGAGCUGGAGAACUUCCAGGAGGUGCAGUCUCACAAAGACAAAGACUGCUGGAUGAAGGCCAUGCAGGAUGAAAUGAACUCCCUACACAAGAACAAUACUUAUGAGCUUGUGGAACUUCCCAAAGGAAGAAAAACCCUGAAAAACAAGUGGGUAUUCAAGCUCAAGAAAGAUGGUGACAAGAUAGUCAGAUAUAAGGCUCGAUUAGUGGUAAAGGGCUUCAGUCAGAAAAAGGGGAUUGAUUUUGAUGAAAUAUUUUCCCCAGUGGUAAAGAUGAGCUCGAUUCGCGUUGUGCUUGGUCUAGCAGCAAGCAUGAAUCUUGAGCUUGAGCAGUUGGAUGUGAAAACUGCAUUUUUCCAUGGUGACUUGCAUGAGGAAAUUUAUAUGGAUCAACCAGAAGGUUUUGAAGAAAAAGGGAAGGAACAUAUGGUUUGCAAGUUGAAGAAGAGUUUGUAUGGACUAAAGCAAGCUCCAAGACAAUGUUACAAGAAGUUUGAUUCUUUUAUGAUAGCAUGCAAUGGCAAGGCAAUAAGUAAGCAAGAAGCAAAGAGUGCAGCACCAAAGUGAGCAAAAAGAGGGCUCCGGGGAUAGGGAAAAAAGGGGUGAAAGCUAGGCAUUAAGCUUAGGUAUGAGAGUGCUCCAUAGAGAGAGUACAUUGAGUGAUAAAAUUGUGAGUUUAUC